AGGACGAUAUUUGUUUUCCACCAAGUGUUUGGAAAUGAUCUGCCUCUACACAGUAUUUCCUGCAAAAGCGUUCACAUAAUUGUACAGAUUGCACAGCAAAAUGCAAACCUGCGUAUCGUGUAGAGUGAAAAACAAUGGCAUGAUUGCUAUUUUUCAGCAUCCAAAUGGGCUGGAUGAGAUGUUUCACUCAAUUACCGACAUAAAGGUACAACCGGAAGAACAUCUUUGUGUGCCGUGCUAUGAUGAUUUGAAGGUAGCAUAUCGCUUCAAACAGAGAUGCAUUCAGAACACGGCACCACGGUUAUCGUCUCGGGCUAAAAAGACGACACAUGCUCCUGCAGACCAGAGCGUCAUUAGUAGUUGUACGGAUGUUUACACAACGUAUGAUAAAUCUGUUCCGGAAUCGACCAUAAAUCAAAAUACAGAAAACAACAGCAGCAAUGGCAGGGCGAACACGUCUAAUAUUGCACCGGAAAUGUCAGAUCCUUCGCCGCUUCCCAAGAUAGAAUUAUGCAUAGAAAAUGAAACGAUACAACAGGAUGAUGUUGAAAUUAGUGAAGAACUCAUUGACCCGCUACAAGACGAGGAAGAUCAACCAUUAGCAAAUUAUAUAAUCGGGGUAAUAGAAAGCGCAACUAACGACAAUGCACCAAAAGACAAAGUGGGUACCGAUAGCGCUAAAGAACAAACCAGCGACCAAACCAUAACUGCAGCCACCCAAGAGAGGGGUCAAUCCUCUUCUAUUCUACCGAAACUGCAUAGCCUGAUGUGUGAGUACUGUUUCAAAGAGUUUACCCUGCUGACCGACAAGAUCGAACAUACCGAGUCGCACAAAUCGGAAGCGAAACCAUUCAAAUGUGUGCAGGAAGGUUGCGGCAAAUCAUUUAAAGACCGCGUAGGUUUGCGAUCGCACGUGCGCAUCCAUUCCGCCGUAAGGCGGUUCGGCUGUCGGUACUGCCCGAGGCGAUUCCACACGCUGGGCAAUCAGGUGACGCACGAGCGAACACACAGCGGGGAGAAGCCAUUUAUCUGUCCAAAGUGUGGCAAAGGCUUCGCGGAGGUAGGCAAUCUCAAGAAUCACAUUCGCUUCCACACUGGCGAACGGCCGUACGCUUGUAAUCUGUGCGACAAAUCGUACAGAACGUACUACUCUCGCACGAUUCAUAUGCGCUCCCACACCAACGAACGACCGUAUCUGUGCGGUGACUGCGGGAAAGGGUUCUAUUCGAGCGGCAAACUGACCAUCCACCGCCGGACGCACACUGGCGAACGGCCCUACGAAUGUACGAGCUGUACGGCAAGGUUUUCCGCAACGUCCUCGCUUAGGCGACACAUGGUUAAUAAACACUAGAAUAAGUGGACAUAUAUUUAACUGUUGUAUCCCUCUCAAACUUAUGAAAUACGUUGGCUGUUCCCUUAAGAGUGCAACAAUUGCCAAACUACCCUAUUGCCGGUAGUUUGCCAAUUGUUACACACUUAAGGGAACAGCCAACAUAUUUCAUAAGUUUGAGAGGGAUGCAACCGCAAUAUUCAUGUUAUGUUUGUCUAGUUUGCAUCAUUAUUGUUUAAAAAAACAGCAUACAUAUAUUUUUCUAUUAUUCAGAAGGAACGACUUUGCCGUAUCGCUUAAAAGUAUGUAUGUACUUAUGUUCUAUUUUAAGUAUGAUACUGAUUUUUAACCGUCUCAUGGUACAUUCGUCAACUCGUACGACUUAACAACAUGCCCGUCAUGAGUUAAGGCCCCAAAUAGACCGUACCGCCAUACGUAGGACUGACUAUCCUGCUAUGGGGGGGGGGGGUAAUCCAACGGUUAUUGAGCCAAAAAUAAGAAGAACUGAUUUAUAAUUCUAUUCAAAAGCCCAAUUCCAAAAUGUUGUACACUUACAAAAACUCAAAGUUCUAUUAUUGUACACUUUUAAAUGCACUGAAACCGACGAAAAAUAAAUCUAUUCUGGAUGUUUUUCUAUUAAACAGUGUUUAGGACAAUACGAAACGCUGUUACAUUAACAUUAAAUACAUUACUUAACACGUUUGUGCUUAGUUCGAGCUGGAAUUCCGCAAAAUUAGUAGCAACUUGCGGCACUUGCUGCCAGACGCCAAUGGUAGACAAAAUUAAGCCACGAUGAAAAAAUAAGGCUUUGGACUGUGCAAUAAAAUAGGAUCGAAGCGCUCUCUUUGUUCUAAUUAUUGACCAGUGGAAUAACAUAUUUUUUUUUUCUUAUAAAAAGUCUACAUUUUUGCUGUCAUAGGAAAAACACAGUUCAUCAUCAUAGUAGCGAUAGGAUUAAGUUUCACUCCUUAUUUAACAUAGGAUCCGAUGAGGUGAAAGCAUCCAAAUUUCAAGUGAAAAUAAUUCUAAAAAAAAUUAAUAAUUAUAAGUUUAUUCCAAUCAAACUAAAUCAUGAAUCAACAGUCUAUAUUAAUUAACUCAGAACAAAAAUCGUACGAAAUGUUUGCCGAACCAGUGCACUUCCCACUCGUGAUUGGAAAUGAAAUAUUCAUCAUCACUUGGCAAGAUCAGCGGAACAUAAUCGAUCGGCGGAACUGGUUUUUGUCGCGUCCUCCCAAUGCUACACCGACAGGUAUCGAAUGUCCAAUGGGAGGAGACCAGACUGCUAUGAUCAACUAUCAAUCUCUGUUAGCACAAAUAUUGCACGAGCUGCGCGGGAACGGUGCGGCUUACGUAUCAAACCUGCCACCUGGUCAAAAUAUGGAUGCUAGACAGUGCAAACCUUUUUGCUUCCACUACGAGAAGAAAACCGAUACAGAGGAUUUACCGUACUAUCAAAACCGAGAUCGUCUGCGAGCACCGAACGGAGUAAGGGCGGUGAAACAUGUGCACUAUUAUGUCGAGUCUGCCGUUAAAAGCGUGGGCACCAAUACGUCCACCACGGAUCAGCCAAUGGAAACAGAAGAAAUCACCGAUAUCGAAGAUUUAGAGCUGUAGUUUGCAAGAAUCAUUUUUAAAAUAAAAUCCCUUCGGUUCAAACUGAUUGUCAUAUCGGAACAA